CUAAAUCAUUGUAAAAUUGACAGGAAGAUUAUAGUCUUUUAAUUUUCAAGAAAAUUGAGGGUUCUUGAUUUGGAUAUGGAAACUUUAUAUCCAACUUCUUUUGUACCAAAUUCAAAUUGGAUUAUGCAACAGAGUAAGAGUAAUACAGAAUGGACUAAAGAAGAGAACAAGAGAUUUGAAAGUGCUCUGGCAAUAUACGACGAGACUACACCAAAUCGAUGGUCUAAAGUAGCAGAAAUCAUCCCUGGGAAAUCAGUUCUUGAUGUGAUAAUGCAGUAUAAAGAAUUGGUUGCAGAUGUUAGUGACAUAGAAGCUGGAUUACCCCCAAAUACGAGGCGUGGUUUCACGUCUUCUUUUGCGUUGGAAUUUGUUGAUCAUUGUAAGAUUCAAACGUUUAGUAAGAGAGGCAAGUCUUAUGAUCACAAAAGAAAGAAAGGUGUACCAUGGACAGAGGAAGAACACAGGCGAUUUUUAAUGGGGUUAGAGAAAUAUGGAAAAGGAGAUUGGAGAAACAUAUCGAGGAAUUUCGUGAUCUCUAAAACUCCAACACAAGUGGCUAGUCAUGCUCAGAAGUACUACUUGAGGCAACUUUCAAGGGAGAAAGAGAGGAAGAGACCUAGCAUCCACGACAUCACCACCGUCCAUCUCACAAACGAUGAGUUUCUCAACAACAACAACAAUAACAAGAAAUCGAUGUGUGAAGAGAGGUUGUAUAUGUCCUCAUUGCAUAGGUCAACAAGCACAACAGACGUACUAAUCGGAUGUUGGAACAACUCAAUCGAUGAAGACCUGAUGGCAUUUGGUCAAUUUGUGUGACAACUCAACUCUAUAGAACCAGAACAAUAGACUGAUUGAUUGUGGUCAGGUCAGAGCCCUCUAUCGUUCGUUGAAGGAUGUUGAACUAAUGUUGUUAUUCGCAACUCCAUCGUUGAUCAAAUGAGAUUUGAAAAAAAAUAUGUCAAUCUUGGAUUUUGUUUUCAAUCUUGGUGUAUUAAUGUAAAUCAAAGUUUAAUUA